GCAUCCUUCUUAACUAUUUUCUACUAUUUGAGAAACAAUUUCAUCCCAUUUUAACAAAUAGAUUAGACCGAGAUCCAUGGUCCAAUCACGCACCAUAAUUUCCUCUCCCUAUAUAUAUGAAUCUGAAUGAACAUCAACAAAGAACAAACCUCCCAUAUUUAGAUCAUCACAUUAUCAUCAGUUUAAAAAUCAAAAUCUCUCCCUCUCUCAACGCAAAAGCCAAUGGCAACUUCUACUCUCCAACUCCCUUCAUCAGUCCUGAUACUAUUUCUCCUCACCGCCCCAUUGUUAGUCUCAUCGGCUUCUUCUUCCCUGAAAUGCACUUCUCAAAAGUUCACCGGCGCCGGGAUCGCCCAGUACUCAGAAUGCGCCGACUUGCCCGCACUCAACUCCUUCCUUCACUGGUCCUACAAUCACUCCGACUCCACUGUCUCCGUCGCCUUCGCCGCUCCGCCGGCCAAACCCAACGGCUGGGUCGCGUGGGCCCUCAACCCGACCGGCACCGGAAUGGCCGGAGCCCAGGCCCUCCUCGCUUACAAGACGACCAACGGGUCCUUGGUUGUGAAGACCUACAACAUCACUUCUUACGCUUCCAUCGUCGAAUCCAAGCUCUCCUUCGACGUGUUGAACAAGAAGGCCGAGUUCUCCAACGGGGUGAUGACGAUUUACGCCACGCUGGCAUUGCCGGCGAGUUUGACCGAGGUCAACCAUAUCUGGCAGGUGGGUUCGUCGGUGUCCAGUGAUGGGGUCCCCGCGAAGCAUGAUUUUGCCCCUGCCAAUUUGAAUGCAAAAGGCAAAGUGGAGUUUGUGAGGCAGAGUAAAGCCGCCGGUUCUCCGGCUCCGGCCCCGGCUAUGAGUCCUGGGCCUGCUGCAGGUGGGCCUACCGGUGCAGGCAAAAAUGGUUCAUCCAACGGAGUUGCAAGCAGUACUAGUAUGCGGUCGUUGGCGUUGUUUGGGUUGUUCAUCCUUUUUGGGAACUUGAUUUACGGUUUUUAGAUUUUUUUUUUUUAAAAAAAAUUACUAUUAGGUAAACACGAAUAAUUUGAUAAGGAUUGUUUAGGAAUUAGUUGAGGAAGAUUAUCUUUUCCCCUAUGUAAUAUGCGUGUGAUUGGAUCAUUCGAUACUAUGAUUUAUUUAUCUUUAGCUUUUAUAUCAUAGUUUUCACUUCUUUUCUUUUCUCUUUUUUUUUUUUU